UUUUUUUGGCUAGGUAGCACCAGUAGCCGAGACAUUCCCAAAUCUACUAGUAUUUGUUUCGCCUAUAUAAACAGUGUCUUGAGCAUGACUAUAUAUAAGGCACAAAAAUUCAGUGAAAGCACAAUUUCAAAUUCAAAUAUCGUAACUUGUAGUAGCUAGUCAAAGAGAAAAUGGCAGAGGAGACAAUGAACAAGGGUACUAAUGAUUGUUCAAUUUCAUGGGAAAAAAAGAAGAAGACAGGGGUCACCACAAUGACACUGUCAAUGUGGAGGAGAAGCAGAGUCUCAUGGAAGCACUUCAUCGCACUCACAGCAAUUCUAGCUCGUCAAGCGAUGAUGAGGAAGUAGAAGAGGGCAGUACUAGGGAGAAGAAGAAGAAGAAGAAGGGACUUAAAGAUAAGACGAAAGAAAAGAUAUCCGGUGAUCAUGAUCAGCAAAAAAGCGAAUUCAUUCCCAUGGAUAACUGCCCUGCUCCACACGAAGAAGACUAGAAAAUAGGAUUUAUGGACAAGAUCAAAGAAAAACUUCCAGUAACCACAACAAGACUGAUCAAUAAGUAGCAGCUGCUUAUACUACUUUAGAUGAGCAAGACCAUGGAGGUGAACCAAAAGAUGAGAAAGAAAGGAUUGCUUGACAAAAUUAAAGAGAAAUUGCCACAAGAACAAUAAUGACGAAGAGAAACACAAGUCUAACUGAAAUUAUGAUGAAUUAAUCCUCUAGCUUAUGCACUACAUUCAGAUUGCAGUUAAUUUCACUUGUAUUAGUCUAUGUUUGAACUUUGAAGUAGUGAUGUGAUCCUUGUAACUGGCCUCAUGUGCCAUUGAUUUUCUAUUGUAUGUUUCAAUUCCA